AUCAACUCACUUCAAGUCAAACUCAAACCAAACCACCCUCUUCCCUUCACUCUUCAUUCUCUCUCACUUUUCUAACUUCAUUUUCAUUGAAUUAAAUUAUUAAUUAAUUAUUUAUUAUAUUAUAUUAUAUAUAUUCUCGCCACCCUGCACCUCCGUAACCGUCACCUUCCACCACCGUACUCUUCUACAAUUCUACUUUCAGUUGUGGCGUUUGUAUUACAACUCUACUUGCUUCAUUUCUGUUCCAGGAAUGAGGAUUUCAAAGGAAGAAACUUCAAGUAAUGCUUCACAGGUAUUAGGCUUGAUAUCAUCAUUGAAGCAAUUGCAAGGUGUUACCUCUCUAGAUCUUAAUAAAUUAUUGAGGGAUGCCGAAAAUUUUACCAUUCAACACAGUACUGAAAAAGGAUCAUUGCUGAAGAUUGACUUGGAAAAGCUUGCACGAUCUCUUCCAUUGCACCUUGUUUCAGUUUUAAUAUCAUCCAAAAAAGAUGAGGACAUGUUCAAAUACCUGUUAUGUGGCAUUCGACUGUUGCAUUCCUUGUGUGAUUUAUCCUCCAAAAAUUCUAAAUUUGAGCAGAUUUUUCUUGAUGAUGUCAAAGUGGAGGAACAGCUGAUUGAUAUGGUUUUCUUCAUGCUAACUUAUCUUGGUGGUUAUAGACAGGAAGGCCAUGCUUUUAGUCGUGUGCACCUUUUGCAUUCAACUCUUGUAGCGUGCAACCUAUAUCUGUUAACAGGGUUUAUUUCAACACAAUGGAGAGAUAUUGUACAUGUAUUGCUUGCACACCCCAAGGUUGACAUAUUUAUGGAUGCAGCUUUUGGAUCAGUUCGUGUGGUUGUUAGGUGUCUUGAGACUACACUGGUAGCUUAUAAUAAAGAUACUUCCAUGGAAUCAAAUCUGACAGCAGAAAGAGUAGUUUUUUAUCUCUGCCAGCAGUGUGAAGCUUCUUUACAGUUUCUUCACUCAUUAUGUCAGCAAAAAUCUUUUAAGGAGCGCCUUCUUAGGAAUAAGGAAUUAUGCGGAAAGGGGAGCAUUCUUCUCCUUGCACAAUCCAUCUUGAAGUUACACAUUCAACCAUAUACACCGAGUAGAAUCACAGCAUCUAUUUCUAGGCUAAAAGCUAAAAUACUUUCUAUUUUGCUGAGUUUGUGUGAAGCAGAAAGCAUUUCUUAUCUUGAUGAAGUAGCCAGCUCAACAAAGAGUUUAGAAUUGUCUAAAUCUGUUGCAUUAGAGGUUUUUGAGUUGUUGAAGAAAGCUUUUGGAAGAAAUCCCGGGCAUCUCACUGCUGGUCGCCCAAUGGGAUUUGUACAGCUCAAUGCAAUGCGUCUAGCUGACAUUUUCUCCGAUGAUUCAAAUUUUCGAUCUUAUAUGAUACUUUGUUUUACUGAAGUUCUGACAGCAAUAAUUUCACUCUCCCAUGGAGAUUUUUUAUCCUGUUGGUGUUCGUCAAACCUCUCAGAGACAGAGGAGGACGCGAGUCUUGAAUAUGAUAUAUUUGCUGCAGUUGGAUGGGUUUUGCAUAAUACUUCACCGGAUGUAAAGGAUGCCACAAACUUGGAAUUCAACCUAACACGAAACAGCAUGCUUAAGGCUUCUUAUGCACAUCAUAGGACAUCAUUAUUUAUCAAGUUCUUUGCAAAUCUUCAUUGUUUUGUUCCCAAUGUUUGUGAAGAGCAGGAAAGAAACCUUUUCGUUCUCAAGGUCCUCGAGUGCUUGCAAAUGGAUCUAUCUAACUUGCUUCCUGGGUUUUCUUUUGAUUCUGAUGCUCCUAAAUUUGCCACCGCUAGCAAGAACCUCCGCUCAUUGUUAAGUCAUGCAGAAUCUCUGAUUCCAAACUUUGUAAAUGUGGAGGAUAUACAACUUUUAAGGGUUUUUUUCGGGGAAUUACAAUCACUAUUUACUCCAAAUGGAUCUGGGAGAAAUUGUGUUCAAAAAACUCAGGAUAGCAAAUUUGGGGAGUCAUCUUGGGAUAAGUUUUAUAAACUCAACAUCAAUGAGAGUUAUCAGGAGGCUCAAAGUGCUGGGGGACGCCCAUUGCCUUUAACUGGUAAAGAACCCUCUGAUCUUGAUAAGAAGGGUGGUAAAGUCAAGGAAGGAAUGCUGGAGAAUUCUUCUUAUGCAAAUUUGGAACAAUGUAAAACCCAAGCUGAAGACAAAGUUCAAGGCAAUGGUUCAAAUCGGCAAAGUCAGGUAGAAAAUAAAGGCAUAUCUGGUAAAACAGCAUUAGGAGGAGCAAGAGAUACUGACAAGGAUGCUCAUAAAAUAGAAACAAGUGGUUCAGAUGCCAGUUCUGCCAAAGGAAAGAAUGCUGUUGCUCAUAUGGAUAACAGCGAUCUUUCAAAAUCAAAUGAGCGUCUUAAAAAAGUCACAGUUAAAGAAAAUCCAGAAGAUGAAAAGAGUGAGCUUGCACAGAGGAAAAAAAGAAAACGAACUAUAAUGAAUGAUGAACAGGUGUUAAUGAUAGAGAGAGCUCUCUUAGAUGAACCUGAUAUUCACCGAAAUGCAGCUUCACUUCAAUCAUGGGCUGAUAAAUUAAGUUCGAAUGGUUCUGAGGUUACAUCUUCGCAGCUUAAAAAUUGGUUGAACAAUCGAAAAGCUAGGCUAGCUCGUACAGCUAAUAAGGAUGUUCGACCAGCAGGAGAUGAUGUCGACCAUCCCAUCUCAGACAGGCAGAUAGGAUCAGCACUUGGGCCCAGUGACUCACCUAACGGUCCUGGUCAACAUGUUGUGCUUGUUGGUGUGCAAGGAGAGGAGAUUGGCAAAGGAAAGGUGUUUCAAUCGCAUGGUAUGUGGAAUGGGAAGACCUUGGAGGAAUUAGCAACCUGUGUUGUGGAUGUUUGUGAGCUCAGGGUUGAUAAAGGGUUGCGGCUACCCUACUCGUCAGAAGCCACUGGCACAACAUUUGCAGAGGCUCAAACAAAGUUCGGUGUCAUGAGAGUAUUAUGGGAUUUGAACAAAAUAUUAGUGUUGCGGUCGGACUGAGUUCAUGAUGCUUCGGUGGCUGCAGCUGUUACUUUGCCACCUGCUGUAAUUAUUUAUCCCUUUGUUUAUAUGUCUUAUACACAUUAGCUGAGAAGAACAAAUUCCAAAUCCAUGUGCAUGCAUUUUCAUAGACAUUAGCUGAGAAGAACAAAUUACCAUGUGGAAAGAAUCAUGUUCAUUAGAAAAGGGACAUAGCCGGUUACAAAAAUGUUUACUAGGGUCUUAUGCAGGUGUUUUUGGAGGGAAAUAGUGGGAUGCAAAUUCUCUAUUCUCUAUAAUUUACAUUUGCAAAUCUAGCUCAUUUUAUGUUAAAAAGUAAUAAUUUCAAAAACCUUUCAA